CCGGGGAUGUGGGAUGGAUUAAAUUAAGCACUCCCUCUACCCGUGUGUCUAUCCAUCCCUCCAUCCUCUCUCCCUCUCUCUCUCUCCCUCUCUCUCUCUCUCCCUCUCUCUCUCUGCGCCGUAUAAAUGCCAACAGCUGAUCGCGCGACGGCACACGGAACACCUCGCGGAAGCUGCAGAAAGAGAGACCGAGGGGAAGAGAGAGAGAAGAGAGAGGGAUACAGAAAGAGAAAGAGCUGGGGAUGCUGUUGAUCCAUUCGGCCGCAGGGAGUCUUAUUGUGAUUUUUUACCGACCUGAGUAGUCGCUGUUAACGGGAAUUAAGGACUAUUUCUGCGGCAAAGAGGGAAGGACAAGGUGUCCGACAUUUAUUUUGAAAAGCUUCCAAAAUCGUCCUUCCAUUUUUUUCACCCUCUCUUAUUUUCUUCGCAUCCCUCCCUCCUCCUCCUCCUCCUCUUCCUCCUCCAUCUCUUCUUCCUCUUCUUUAAAGAGGCCCGAGAGCCACCGCACACGCUGCAGGGUACCUUCCACCGCCUCUUAUUUUGUUUUUUUUGUUUUUUUUUCUUUUCUUUUUUGACUGCUCACGCGCCUCUGUCCCCCGGUCUGCCGCCUGCCCGCGAGCUCUGAGAGCGCGAGGCACCCCCCGGAGGGAGCUGUCCGGUGCUGAAGUUGCAUUUCUCUUCUUCUGUGCACGAGGACCUAAGCGGGGAGACGGAAGACGGUCAGAGACUCAAACAGAGAAGAAAUUAUAAAUAAGCGGCGGUGGAACGGAGAAGUCUUUCACAGGAUCAGUCCACGGCUCUUGCUUCCUCUGAAUCUGAAAACAAUCUUUCUCUGGUUCGCCUGUCCUGUUGGUGUGUAACGGGCGAAUCACCACGCUGGCCAGGCCGUCGGCGAUCGGCUGUUUCUGUGAGUGUGUGUCGUUGUGUUUGUGAGAGUGUGAGUCGGUGUUGCACCACCAUGCCAAGGUCUUUCCUGGUGAAAAAGGUGAAACUGGAUGAUUUCUCCACCGGAGCGGAUCUGGAGAACGCCUACCGGCACAGGACAGACCUAAGCCUGCGGCUCCAUGACAAAGCUGGUUACAUCAGUGACUACAUCAGCCCUGUUGUGUACGAUGGUGAGAGUGACAGUGGGAUCAAGGUGCCCUCUCCUGAUCCGCUCUAUGAUGGUAUCCACAGUGACUACGGGGCCCCUGACUCUGAGUCUCCUGACAGCCCCGGCUCAGAAAUCACUGAUGGCUACAUCAACGGAGAUGCUGCAGUGAGUGAGGGUUACACAGUGGAUGCCUUCUUCAUCACCGAUGGCCGUUCGAGAAGGAAAGCCCUUGGCAGCCCCAGGACCAUUCAGAGGCACACCUGCAACGAGUGCGGCAAAACUUAUGCCACGUCUUCCAACCUGAGCCGGCACAAACAGACACACCGCUCGCUGGACAGCAAGCUGGCAAAGAAAUGUCCAACCUGCGGAAAGGUGUACGUGUCCAUGCCUGCCAUGGCCAUGCACCUGCUCACUCACGACCUCAAGCACAAGUGUGAUGUGUGUGGGAAAGCGUUCAGUCGACCUUGGCUUUUACAGGGUCACAUGCGCUCCCACACAGGCGAGAAGCCUUUUGGGUGUGCCCACUGCGGGAAGGCCUUCGCAGACCGCUCAAACCUGCGCGCUCACAUGCAGACCCACUCGGCCUUCAAGCACUUCAAAUGUAAACGCUGCAACAAGACCUUCGCGCUGAAGAGUUACCUGAACAAGCACUACGAGUCUGCCUGCUUCAAAGGCCCCUUCUCUCCUCUUGGCCCCCUAGAUGCAUGACCCCCUGCAUAGAUAAAACAACAGACAAAACUGCAGACAUAAAUUACCAUUAUCCUUACAGAAUGAACUGCAGGCACAAACAUUCUAUUUUUUGGUCACAAUAUGACCUUGCUUUCCCUCCUCCCCCUCUCUCACUCCUCCCCCCACCUUGCUUUCCAUUGGAGCCUAUUCAUGAUGAUGAAGAUGAUGAAGAUAGCACAAUUUUUCUCCUUGAGAUUUGCCCACUUAAGGAUUUAACUGAUCUACGCAUGCACUUCCUCAAAAAACUCCUCACCUCCUCUUCCUCUGGUUGUCCUGGAUAGAGACAAUAAAACUAACUCGGCUUCCUUCUGGCAUCUAGAUACAAUAUGACACCAUAUAUUUUGGGACACAGAUGAUGAUGAGGAUGACGACAAAGACAAUAGUAAGCCUAUAGCCACUGGGUUCCUCCCUGCAAUAAAAUGCAGUGAAAGUUUUUCCUUCAGAUUUUGUUUUUUUGGCGAAUAAUAGUAAUAAUAAUGAUAAUAAUAAUGUUCUGCUGCACCAAGUGACCAUAUUCUCUCCACUACUGAGGUAAAAAUACUAUUUAUUUAUUUAUUUAUUUACUUGUUUAUUUAUUUAUUUACUUAUUUCAGCAUUUUUUUUCUUUUUUAAUUUAUUGUAAGUUUAUACUUGAUUUGAUAACAAUGAAGUGAUACCAUUAUUUAUUUGUUGCACUUUAAUUUCUGUGUAUGUAUGUAGGAUAUUUGCCAACCUCUUUUUAUCACUACAGGCCAAAGCAUAUGUCACUUUUUUGAGUACUAUUUUUUCCUAUUAUGUUGUUUACCUUUUUCUUAUUAACGUUAUUGCAUGCAAAAAAAAAAAAAAAAAAAAAAAAUGAAAUCUAUGCCAACAUCAUAAAAAGCUUAUGAUUUUUGCCAAAAUCCAAUAGAUAGAACCUGAGGGCAAUAUUUUUUCUCUUGGAGCCUCCGUAGGACUCUUUAAAAGCAAUAAUCACCUAAUGCAUGGUAUUUUAUGAUGAAGUUAUGAAGUAUUACCUACUACUGUAUAGCAGUUUAAAAAUCAGGUAUGUUUUACUUCACCUAUAGUCAUAAACAGAAAAAUACUAAUAUUACAGACAUCAGGGAACAUGCCAAUGUAGUGUUAGAGUAUCAAAAAGAAAAGUCCUGUCUUUCCUCUCUUGUUAUGCACUGCCUGCCUCUUAGUGAGUAGAACUAAUGUAGGAUGUAGGCUAGAGAGGCUGGGAUCAGCUGCCUGCUGGGUGUGAGGCCUAUUGUAGGAUAACUAUAACCCCGACAGACCUGCUUGAAGCUAACUCCAGCAUGAAAUAAGCCUGCUAACAAUAAGCAGGAGAGGCCUCUCAACAUUUUACUCAGAUUGGAUCAUUGACCAUUCAUGACAGUGCAGUGGUUAUUUUAAGUUUUGGGAUGUUAAAAUAGCAUUCCAAUGUUGGAAAACAUCUUUCCUGUCCUGCAGCCAAAUAAUGUAACAACAAGUCUUUGAGAACCUUUUAAUAAGGCUAAGGGACAUCAUAUAUUUCUCUUGAUACAAACAAAAACUAAAAUUAAGUUAAUAUAGCAAUCAAACUGGAGAAUUAUGCACUGAAAUGUGCACAGACCCAAAAUGAUAGGUAGCUUACAUAGUAUUUAGCAAAAUCUCAGUACACUUUCAAUAGAAUACCAAUUCAGAGUUUGGUGCAUUGUUGAAGUUGGACGAGGUCAACUUUAAAUGCAAUGCAUUAUUCAGCUACCCUUCCAGUGCACUUCCAAACCCUACAGCGUGCAUUCUUAAACCACAGAAAAAAGCAUGCACUUAAGAUGGAUGGUCUGAUUGCAGCUUAACUGUUACAGUCCCAUACUGUAGAUGCACACGACAGAGUCCUGAUUAUUCUGCAGUAGGCCCCUUUCAUCCCCACCGGGCCGACCAUAGGCUAACUCUAUGAGUGAUAUACCUACAGACAGGCUAACUCUAAUCAUCCCGGACGCAUAGAUCGUUUAACAUUUGAUCUAGCUGGCCAAUACCAGUGUUGCUGAACCCAGUUCUCUGCAGCUCAGAAACCUUUUCUACAGAUUCAUGGAGCUUCCUGAGAGACAGACUGAGGACACACAGAUCUGCACAAAAAAUUAAGCGUUUGCUUAUGUUCAUAUGUCAUACUGUUUGUCCACAUUGUAACCUUGCAUCAAGAACACAGUGCCUGCCGACAAGCUCUUGGGGGUGACACAAUCUGUGUCUACGGUCAAGCUUUUAACAAUUGAAAAGAAAAUGGGUUUAAUAUUCAGAUGUAGAUCUCUGACAAAGUUUUGAUAACUGCAGUGCUUCCUCAUGCAUGACAUCACUUUGUCACAGAUGGGGUUGACUGAUACCCAACAUCAUUUGGGGUUAUAGAGACAAACAGUAGUAACGUCAUUUACAUCUGAGAGAUAAAGCUAUAGGACCUGUGCACAACAGCAAAAGGCGACCACAUCUGACAAUGUCCUGAAGUAAAAAAAAAAAACUACAAUUUUGUGAUAAGUGUUUCCUUGCAUAAUAAGACGAUGCAAUCUUUAACGUCUUUUACGAAGAACCUUUUUUGAAAAAUUUAGCUCACAAGUCAGUAAUAAGGAGGGAGUUUUUGUUGUGACUGGAGCAAUCAGUAUGUGAGUCAGCAAACUGCAGGUCUUAUCUCUCUCCCUGAUGUGUGAACUAGAUUUGAGCUGCAAUUACUUGAAUUGUAUCAGACGAUUAGUCACAGAGCUCCAACUUGUUAGGGCUUACAUUUAUGUUUUUGUCUUUUUAUCUGUGAUUUUUAAGCCUUGGCCACAAUAAUCAAAACAGAGAUAGAGACAGAAAUAACAAUAUGCCAUUAUUCUAACAACUGAUUCUAAAAUAUUAUUCCUCACUUUUGUCUGAAAAAGAAAACAGUAUAAACACACAUUGCUACUGUAGCGGCUGAUAACAAUGUGACGGGUACAAAACAUACCGCUAACAGUAUCUCUGACUGCGACGUCUCCAGGUGUUGGUUUACAUGUCACAGAUUGUUUCAUUGUGUAUUAAAAGUCUUUGCAUCUUUGCACUGCAGUCUAAAUGUCUUAAAGGUAUUUGGAUUAAGUAGUUGAUGUAUUGCCGGUGACUGGUUUUAAGGCAGAAAAGCUGAGUUUGUGCAUCUGUUUGUCUGAGUGUCUGUCUCUGGGUGAGCUCCAGAUCUGAUCUCUCUAAGCACUUCCAUUCUAGUCAUUUCCACCUUAAAGAAAGUAGCACAAUGAAACUAACUAGAAUUCAGGUAGAGAAGAAUUAAAAACCUUGUACUAGCUUGACCUCUCUUCUUUUUUUGUAUUUCCAAGUUAAAGAAUGAUGAUAACCUAAAUAAUCAUUUAUUGCAAGAGGGUUUGUAAAGAAUCCUUUGGAUUGAUACAUUUUUACUGCUGUAUAGCGAUUAUCUGACAGACCUUAUCUCAGGAGGUUUGGAUCUCUGUUGCAGAGAGACAAUCUCCUGGGGUUUUUUUUGAGCCAGUAUUCAGACAAUGUAAGCACAAUGAACACAAAGCAUUUUGUGCCACUUCAUAAUAAAGAAUAAUCUUAACGAAC